AUGGCUGACUUUUCACUACCGUGUUCUAGCCAUUUCCGCCAGUUCACGCCUGAAUCUUUGGCUGCUAUUGAGAAGCAAAUUGCUGCCAACAAGAAAUACAAAGACCACCAACCUAAAGAGAAACCUCGUCCUCAACUUGACCUGCAGGUUUUCCAAAAGCUGCCUACUCUCUAUGGGAAUCCUCCUCAGGAGCUUGUUGGGAAACCACUGGAGGAUCUUGACCCUUAUUACAAUGAUCACAAGACAUUUAUGGUAUUGAACAAAAGGAAAACAAUCUUCCGAUUUACUGCCACACGUGCCUUGUGUAUACUUAGCCCUUUUCAUCCAAUCAGAAGAACAGCGAUUAAAAUUUCAGUACAUUCAUAUCUUACAUUGUUCACUAUUUUUAUUAUGUGCACUAUUUUAAUCAAUUGUGUCUUCAUGGCUAUAUUUGAGACUCGUAGGAAGUCUAAAUUUCGUGACUGGAGCAAGUAUGUUGAGUACACGUUCACAGCCAUUUACACUUUUGAAGUACUGAUAAAAAUAUUGGCAAGAGGAUUCUGGCUGAAUGAAUUCACUUUCCUCCGAGAUCCGUGGAAUUGGUUGGAUUUCAGUGUCAUUGCUAUGGCAUAUGCAAGGGAGUUUAGUGAUCUAGGCAAUGUUUUGGCCCUUCGUACAUUCAGGGUUCUGAGAGCUUUAAAAACUAUUUCAAUACUCCCAGGACUGAAGGUCAUCGUAAGUGCACUUAUCCACUCUGUUAAGAAGCUCGCUGAUGUGAUGAUCCUGACCAUUUUCUGCUUGAGUGUCUUUGCCCUCAUAGGCCUCCAGCUCUUUAAAGGCAAUUUGAGACAUAAGUGUGUCAGGAAUUUUAACUUCACCAAUGGAACUCUUUAUUUGGAUGACAAAAAAUGGGGCUCCCUUGAUGAGUUUAUUAAUGAUACAGUGUUCAUCAAGAAUGGCACCAAGGAUGCCUUAUUGUGUGGCAACAGCUCAGAUGCUGGCUCCUGUCCACCUCAAUAUGUAUGUCUCAAAGUUGGGGGAAAUCCUGAUUUUGGCUACACAAGUUUUGAUACAUUUGGCUGGGCCUUUCUUUCCUUGUUCCGCCUAAUGACACAAGAUUACUGGGAGCGUCUCUAUCAACAGACUCUCAGAGCUUCUGGGAAGAUCUACAUGCUCUUUUUUAUGCUGGUCAUCUUUCUGGGCUCAUUUUAUCUGAUCAACUUGAUCCUGGCUGUAGUGACUAUGGCAUACGAAGAGCAGAACAAAGCUACUAUUGCUGAAACUGAGGCAAAGGAAAGGAGGUUUCAGGAAGCCAUGAAACUGUUGAAAAAAGAGCAAGAGGCAUUGACUGCUAAAGGAAAUGAUACGAAGUCACUUUGCUCCUUUGAAAUGUCACCUUUACCCUCCAAAGAAGUCAAAGAUAGAAGCAAUAGGAGAAAUCAAAAUAUGUCCUUAGGGAUAGAAGAUUAUGGGGAAGAUCAAAAAAUUCCCAAAUCACAGUCCAGUAGCCAUCAACAAAACCUGGUUCUCCUUGCACUUACUUGUGGUCUCAGUGCAAAUCAAAUGAAAUGCAGGCUCAGCCAUGAAAGCAUAUUCAAUUUCCAGUUACCUGGCAGAGUCAUUGGCUCCAAAACUGAUUUUGGUGAUGAUGAAAUCUUCAGUGCUUUGGAAAAUGAAAUCCAGUGCAGGUCACUGUUGAUGACACCUAAUGUUGGUGAAACAAGUGUGCAAAGUCAAAUGAGCCAUAAUUAUGACUCUGCUACUCCAAAUACCCCUGUAUGUGAUGAAGUGAGCAAGAAGCAUUUGCCCCAUCAUCUGUCAGUGGACUAUUUUAAUGAGCCACUACAAAGUCAAAGGGCAUCUGGGGCAGUCAGUACCAUUACCUGUGUCCUGGAAGAUCUUCAAGAAUCGCAACAGAAAUGCCCUCCCUGCUUGAAGGACUUUGCCCUAAAAUAUCUUAUUUGGGAAUGUUGUCCACUGUGGUUGAGAAUCAAGAAAAAGGUGACAAUUUUAGUAAUGGAUCCAUUUACUGACCUCACUAUCACUCUUUGCAUCGUGAUGAAUACUAUCUUUAUGGCACUAGAGCACUAUAAAAUGACAAGAAAUUUAAAUUCAUGCUUGACGGUAGGCAACAAGGUCUUUACUGGAAUUUUUACUGCAGAAGUGAUCUUGAAACUCAUUGCUCUAGAUCCCUACUACUAUUUUCAGCAGCCUUGGAAUAUUUUUGACAGCAUAAUUGUCACCGUAAGCUUAAUUGACAGUAUACACACCAAGGCUAAAGGAAGAAAAGAACAUGGAAACCUGUUAGUUUUACGUUCCUUCAAACUGCUGAGGGUCUUCAAACGCAAGUCCUGGACAACUCUGACACUUAUUAAAAUCAUUGGUAACUCAGUGAGUGCUGUGGGUAACCUUACCCUGGUUCUGGCAAUCAUAGUCUUUAUAUUUGCUGUAGUAGGAACGCAACUUUUUGGUAAAAGCUACAAAAAACAUUGCUCUAAAAUAAGUGACGAUUGCAAGCCACGUUGGCAUAUGAUGGAUUUUUUCCACUCAUUCCUUAUUAUAUUCCGAAUUCUGUGUGGAGAAUGGCUUGAAACCAUGUGGGAUUGUAUGGUGGUAGCUGGGCAACCAUUAUGCCUUAUUGUCUUCUUGCUGGCCAUGGUGAUAGGAAACCUAGUGGUUCUCAACCUGUUCAUUGCACUACUGCUGAACUCCUUCAGUGCCGACAACCUCCAAGCACCCGAAGAUGAUGCAGAGAUGAAUAACCUUCAGAUCGCAUUUGCUCGGAUCCACAAAGGACUUCGCUUGCUGAAACACACAACAUGGGAUUACUGUUGUGGAAAGCUCCGGCAACCAAAGAAAGCCACCAAAAAGAAAAUGAAAUUGGCUGCUGAGAACAAAUGUGUGGAGAUUGGGAAAGAAGGGAAGAACUGUAAAGAAAAUCACAGUGACAAUGUGAUUGAGAAGAAUGGAGAGAAAUGCUCUGUUAGCAUUCUUGAAGAUUUUAUCGCCAACCCCAACAUGUUUAUCUGCGUCCCUAUUGCUGAAGCAGAAUCUGAUAGUGAGAACUAUGAAGAAGAUGAUAAUAAUUUAAGUACAUUCACAAAAAUGGAAUACAGUAAACAGCAGCUUGAUGACAUCAGCUGUUCUGAAGGCAGCACAGUGGAUCUGACAAAUCCUGAGGAGCUUCUGAAACAGAUCCCUGAGCUGGCUGAAUACUUCAAGAAACCUGAUAACUGUUUUCCAGAAGGCUGUAUUCGAGGUUCUCCUUGCUGUUCAGUGAAUACCACAAAGUUUCCAGGCAAAACAUGGUGGAACCUGAGGAAAACAUGCUACAAAAUUGUUGAACACAACUGGUUUGAAAGCUUUAUCAUAUUCAUGAUUCUGCUAAGCAGUGGAAGCCUGGCAUUUGAAGAUAUACAUCUUGGGAAAAGAAAAAACAUUAAAAUGAUGUUGGAAUUUUUUGAUAAAAUCUUCACUUAUAUCUUUGUCCUGGAGAUGUUUCUGAAAUGGGUGGCCUAUGGAUUCAAGAAAUAUUUCACCAAUGCCUGGUGUUGGCUUGACUUCCUAAUUGUAGGUGUCUCUUUAGCAAGCCUUACAGCUAACUCACUUGGAUAUGACGAAAUGGGACCCAUGAAAUCCCUUAAAACCCUGAGAGCCUUGAGACCAUUAAGGGCAUUGUCACAAUUUGAAGGGAUGAGGGUGGUUGUGAAUGCCUUAGUAGGUGCCAUCCCUUCCAUCAUGAACGUUGUGCUUGUCUGCCUCAUUUUUUGGCUCAUUUUUAGUAUCAUGGGAGUGAACCUAUUUGCAGGAAAAUUUGGAAAAUGCGUUAAUUUGACUGAAGAAAAAUCAGAAAUAAAUAACAGUAUUAAGAACAAAUUGGAUUGUACAACCUAUAAUGACACACAAAAAAUAUAUUGGAUAAAUGUUAAAGUCAACUUUGAUAAUGUUGGUUCUGGUUAUCUGGCUCUUCUUCAGGUGGCAACAUUUAAAGGUUGGACAGACAUUAUGUAUGCAGCAGUAGAUUCACGAGGGGUAGAAAAACAGCCAAAGAAGGACAAUAAUCCAUACAUGUACCUCUAUUUUGUGGUUUUCAUCAUCUUUGGAUCUUUCUUCACACUGAAUCUCUUUGUUGGUGUUAUUAUUGACAAUUUUAACCAACAAAAGAAAAAGAUAAGUGGACAAGACAUCUUUAUGACAGAAGAACAGAGAAAAUAUUAUAACGCAAUGAAAAAACUGGGAUCCAAGAAACCCCAAAAACCCAUCCCAAGGCCUUUGAACAAAUACCAAGGUUUUUUUUUUGACAUCGUAACAAGCGAAGCCUUUGAUAUUAUCAUCAUGAUUCUCAUCUGCCUUAACAUGAUCACUAUGAUGGUGGAAACUGAUGAGCAAAGUAUAAGGAAGACUGACAUUCUUAACAAAAUCAACAUGUUCUUUGUUGCCAUCUUUACUGUAGAAUGCAUCGUGAAAUUAUUGGCUCUGAGAUACUACUAUUUCACCAAUGGCUGGAACAUAUUUGAUUUAAGUGUGGUCAUUAUGUCUAUUGUUGGUACUCUGGUUUCUCACAUUGUUAAUGCAUUUGAAAAUUACUUCUCACCUACACUCUUCAGAGUCAUUCGGUUGGCUCAGAUUGGACGAAUACUAAGACUUGUCCGAGCUGCCAAAGGAAUUAGGACUCUCCUUUUUGCCUUAAUGAUGUCCCUUCCUGCUUUGUUCAACAUUGGCCUCUUACUUUUUCUGGUCAUGUUUAUUUAUGCCAUUUUUGGCAUGGCUAACUUUGCUUAUGUUCAGUGGGAGGGUGGGAUUGAUGACAUGUUCAACUUCCAAACCUUUGCUAAUAGUAUGCUCUGUCUCUUCCAAAUGACAACAUCUGCUGGCUGGGAUGGUCUUCUCAGUCCUAUUUUAAACACUGAACCUCCUUUUUGUGAUCCACACAUACAAGAUGUUGUGGGAGAAUGUGGUAAACCUGCUAUGGGUAUUAUUUUCUUUGUAAGUUACAUCAUUAUAUCAUUUCUCAUUGUCGUAAACAUGUACAUAGCUGUUAUUUUAGAGAAUUUCAAUGUUGCCACUGAGGAAAGUACAGAUCCUGUGGGUGAAGAUGAUUUUGAUAUGUUUUAUAAAAUCUGGGAGAAGUUUGAUCCUGAAGCAACUCAAUUUAUUGAGUAUUCUGCACUUUCAGACUUUGCAGAUGCUUUGGCAGAACCUUUACGCAUAGCCAAACCAAACAAAUUUGAGCUCCUAGCAAUGGACCUUCCCUUGGCUAGCGGAGAUAGGAUCCACUGUUUGGAUAUUUUGUUUGCUUUUACCAAACGGGUGCUAGGAGAAUCUGGGGAGAUGGACAAACUAAAAGAACAGACAGAGGAAAAGUUUAUGGCUGCCAAUCCAUCCAGGUUUUUUCAUGAACCAAUCACAUCCACGCUCAGACACAAAGAAGAGGAGGUUUCUGCCAUUAUUAUCCAGAGGGCCUAUAGAAGUCAUUUGAUUCAACGGUCCAUGAAGCAGGCCUCUCUCUUAUAUCACAGAACUUGUGAUGGUGACAUCCUUGAAGAUGCUUCACAGAAGGAAGGUCUCAUUGCAUUCAUGAUGAAUGAAAAUUAUGGUAGGAAUCUAGACAAGUCCGAGACUAUGUCUUCAACAUCUUUCUCUCCAUCCUAUAACAGUGUCACCGAGGACACUAAUGACAACCUCCAGGUAAAGACAGUGGACUCUUCCAAAUGUGAUGUACCUAUAGGUUGUCAGCUAUCUCCAGACAAAGAUAAAGAAUGCAUUGUUUAA